AUGCAGCGCAAAGGAGCUGCCGUCUCGCUGCGCGUUUUCGACUUAUCGAGGGGAAAAGUGGAAAUCUACGGGUCUCUGUUCCUCAACGACCGCAAGAAGGGCAUAUGGCACACGAGUGUUUGUGUCUUCUCCAAGGAGUACUUUUACAUGUCGACAAUCUGCGUUUGCCUCAAGGGCUUCGGCUGGCCUGGAGAAGAGCUCCUUACCGACGAAAUCCAGAUGGGCUGCACGGAUGCAACAGAGGAGGAGCUGGAGGCCUACCUCCAUUUACAACAUGGCUUGUUCACUCCAGAUCGCUAUGACGUAUUCGUGCACAACUGCAAUCAUUUCUCUCAGAGCGUUCUGCGAUUCUUAGGUGUUAACCCUUUACCCGCGUACAUCGCCACGCUUCCCGAUCGCGUGUUGGAUACAGUCCUCGGGAAAAUCGUGCGCCCUUUCGUUGACGCCUCCGUAAACAAGCUUAAGGCAGAACUGCGGAGGCAGCAGCAGCUCCGCAGAGACGAAAGGAGAACCAGGAAGAGCGCUUCCCCUGCUUCUGAUGUCUUUCUCGGGGGGAGCCUUCAGCACAGAGCAGGACCCCGCAGCCGCAGCCAAACACGCGCCGCUGCAGCGGCAAGGGAUAUUGCGGGGGCGACAACAUUGGCAGCGAGCACAGGCUUCGACUUCCAGCUUCCCUCUUACCUCGCAGAUGCCUGGCAGGGGCGCAAGGAGGUUGUAGCUGCCGCGGCACAAGGGCCAUUGUUGCCCUUACUCCCAGUGAAGCAGCCAGGCUUCGCUGCUGCUGUUGCUGCUGCUGCUGCGCCCCCGUGCGAGCGCUCCCUGCGUUUGCAUGCAGCACUUUUGCUGCUGAAAGGAAGUGAUUUGGACUAG